AUGAAGCCAGAUGUGAUCAAGGAUCUCACAGUCUCUAAUAUCACAACAUCAUCUGUGUUACUGAAAUGGGAAGAACCUUCUGGAAACAGAUCUUACUUUAAAGUUAAAUGGAUUGGUGAUGAAACGGAGAAAAAUAUAAACACAAAUAACACAUCCUAUAACAUCUCUGAACUAACUCCUGGAGUCAACUACACGUUUAUCAUCACAGCUGUUCCAGAAUGUAACCUGAGAGAAGGAGAUCCAGUUGUUAUCUCAGACUGUACCAAGCCAGAUGUGAUCAAUAAUCUUACAGUAUCUAAUAUCACAACAUCAUCUGUGUUACUGGAAUGGAAAGAACCUUCUGGAAACAGAUCUUACUUUAAAGUUCAAUGGAUUAGUGAUAAAACAGAGAAAAAUAUAACCACAGAUAACACAUCCUAUAACAUCACUGAACUAACUCCUGGAGUCAACUACACGUUUAUCAUCACAGCUGUUGCAGAAUGUAACCUGACAGAAGGAGAUCCAGUUGUUAUCUCAGACUGUACCAAGCCAGAUGUGAUCAAGGAUCUCACAGUCUCUAAUAUCACAACAUCAUCUGUAUUUCUUCAAUGGAAAGAACCUUCUGGAAACAGAUCUUACUUUAGAGUUCAAUGGAUUGGUGAUAAAACAGAGAAAAAUAUAACCACACAUAAUACAUCACAUUACUUCACUGAACUAACUCCUGGAGUCAACUACACAUUUAUCAUCACAGCUGUUGCAGAAUGUAACCUGACAGGAGAUCCAGUUAUUAUCUCAGACUGUACCAAGCCAGAUGUGAUCAAGGAUCUCACAGUAUCUGAAAUCACAACAUCAUCUGUGUUACUGAAAUGGAAAGAACCUUCUGGAAACAGAUCUUACUUUAAAGUUCAAUGGAUAAGUGAUAAAACAAAGGGAAAUAUAACCACAGAUAACACAUCCUAUAACAUCACUGAACUAACUCCUGGAGUCAACUACACGUUUAUCAUCACAGCUGUUGCAGAAUGUAACCUGAGAGAAGGAGAUCCAGUUGUUAUCUCAAACUGUACCAAGCCAGAUGUAAUCAAGAAUCUCAUAGCAUCUGAAAUCACAACAUCAUCUGUGUUACUGAAAUGGAAAGAACCUUCUGGAAACAGAUCUUACUUUAAAGUUAAAUGGAUUAGUGAUAUAACAGAGAGAAAUAUAACCACACAUAACCUAUCCCUAAACAUCACUGAAUUAACUCCUGGAGUCAACUACACGUUUAUCAUCACAGCUGUUGCAGAAUGUAACCUGACAGAAGGAGAUCCAGUUGUUAUCUCAAACUGUACCAAGCCAGAUGUGAUUGAGGAUCUCACAGUCUCUAAUAUCACAACAUCAUCUGUGUUACUGAAAUGGAAAGAACCUUCUGGAAACAGAUCUUACUUUAAAGUUGAAUGGAUCAGUAAUAAAACAGAGGGAAAUAUAACCACAAAUAACCUAUCACAUUACAUCACUGAACUAACUCCUGGAGUCAACUACACGUUUAUCAUCACAGCUGUUGCACCAUGUAACCUGACAGGAGAUCCAGUUGUUAUCUCAGACUGUACCAAGCCAGAUGUGAUCAAGGAUCUCACAGUAUCUAAUAUCACAACAUCAUCUGUGUUACUGAAAUGGAAAGAACCUUCUGGAAACAGAUCUUACUUUAAAGUUAAAUGGAUUGGUGAUAAAACAGAGAAAAAUAUAAACACAGAUAACACAUCACAUUACAUCACUGAACUAACUCCUGGAGUCAACUACACGUUUAUCAUCACAGCUGUUGCAGAAUGUAACCUGAGAGAAGGAGAUCCAGUUGUUAUCUCAGACUGUACCAAGCCAGAUGUGAUCAAGGAUCUCACAGUAUCUAAUAUCACAACAUCAUCUGUGUUACUGGAAUGGAAAGAACCUUCUGGAAACAGAUCUUUCUUUAAAGUUCAAUGGAUUGGUGAUAAAACAGGGGAAGAUAAAACCCAUAACACAUCCUAUAACGUCAUUGGACUAACUCCUGGAGUCAACUACACGUUUAUCAUCACAGCUGUUGCAGAAUGUAACCUGACAGAAGGAGAUCCAGUUGUUAUCUCAAACUGUACCAAGCCAGAUGUGAUCAAGAAUCUCACCGUAUCUAAUAUCACAACAUCAUCUGUGUUACUGGAAUGGAAAGAACCUUCUGGAAACCGAUCUAUAUUUAAAGUUCAAUGGAUUGGUGAUAAAACAGGGGAAGAUAAAACCCAUAACAUAUCCUAUAACGUCAUUGGAUUAACUCCUGGAGUCAACUACACGUUUAUCAUCACAGCUGUUGCAGAAUGUAACCUGACAGAAGGAGAUCCAGUUGUUAUCUCAAACUGUACCAAGCCAGAUGUAAUCAAGGAUCUCACAGUAUCUAAUAUCACAACAUCAUCUGUGUUUCUGGAAUGGAAUAAACCUUCUGGAUACAGAUCUUUCUUUAAAGUUAAAUGGAUUGGUGAUAAAACAGGGGAACAUGAAAUCAAUAACACAUCCUAUAACGUCAUUGGACUAACUCCUGGUGUCAACUACACGUUUAUCAUCACAGCUGUUGCAGAAUGUAACCUGACAGAAGGAGAUCCAGUUGUUAUCUCAAACUGUACCAAGCCAGAUGUGAUCAGGAAUCUCACAGUAUCUGAAAUCACAACUUCAUCUGUGUUUCUGGAAUGGACAGAGCCUUCUGGAAACAGAUCUAUCUUUAAAGUUCAAUGGAUUGGUGAUAAAACAGGGGAAGAUAAAACCCAUAACACAUCCUAUAACAUCAGUGGACUAACUCCUGGUGUCAACUACACGUUUAUCAUCACAGCUGUUGCAGAAUGUAACCUGACAGAAGGAGAUCCAGUUGUUAUCUCAAACUGUACCAAGCCAGAUGUAAUCAAGGAUCUCACAGUAUCUAAUAUCACAACAUCAUCUGUGUUUCUGGAAUGGAAUAAACCUUCUGGAUACAGAUCUUUCUUUAAAGUUAAAUGGAUUGGUGAUAAAACAGGGGAAGACAAAACCAAUAACACAUUCUAUAGCAUCACUGACUUAACUCCUGGAGUCAACUACACGUUUAUCAUCACAGCUGUUGCAGCAUGUAACCUGACAGAAGGAGAUCCAGUUGUUACCUCAAACUGUACCAAGCCAGAUGUGAUCAAGGAUCUCACAGUAUCUAAUAUCACAACAUCAUCUGUGUUACUGGAAUGGAAUAAACCUUAUGGAUACAGAUCUUUCUUUAAAGUUAAAUGGAUUGGUGAUAAAACAGGGGAACAUGAAAUCAAUAACACAUCCUAUAACGUCAUUGGACUAACUCCUGGUGUCAACUACACGUUUAGCAUCACGGCUGUUGCAGAAUGUAACGUGACAGAAGGAGAUCCAGUUGUUAUCUCAAACUGUACCAAGCCAGAUGUGAUCAAGAAUCUCACAGUAUCUAAUAUAACAACAUCAUCUGUGUUUCUAAAAUGGGACGAACCUUCUGGAAACAGAUCUAUCUUUAAAGUUCAAUGGAUUGGUGAUAAAACAAACACAAGCAUAACCUAUAACACAUCCUAUAACAUCACUGGACUAACUCCUGGAGUCAACUACACGUUUAGCAUCACAGCUGUUGCAGGAGAUAACUCAACAGAAGGAGAUCCAGUUGUUAUCUCAAACUAUACCAAGCCAGAUGUGAUCAAGAACCUCACAGCAUCUAAAAUCACAACAUCAUCUGUGUUUCUAAAAUGGGAUGAACCUUCUGGAAACAGAUCUUUCUUUAAAGUUCAAUGGAUUGGUGAUAAACCAGAGAGAAACAUAACCACAGAUAACACAUCACAUUACAUCAAUGAACUAACUCCUGGAGUCAGAUACAUGUUUAUAAUCACAGCUGUUGCAGGAGAUAACUCAACAGAAGGAGAUCCAGUUUUUAUCUCAAUCUAUACAAAGCCAAAUGUGAUCAUGAAUCUCACAGCAUCUGAAAUCACAACAUCAUCUGUAUUUCUGGAAUGGCAAGAACCAUUUGGAAACAGGUCUUUCUUUAAAGUUCAGUGGAUUGGUGAUAAACCAGAGAGAAGAGUAACCAAUAAAACAUCCUAUAGCAUCACUGGACUAACUCCUGGUGUCAACUACACGUUUAUCAUCACAGCUCUUGCAGGAGAUAACUCGACAGAAGGACAUCCAGUUGUUAUCUCAAUCUAUACCAAGCCAGAUGUGAUCAAGAAUCUCACAGUAUCUAAUAUCACAACAUCAUCUGUGUUUCUGGAAUGGAAAGAACCUUCUGGAAACCGAUCUUUCUUUAAAGUUCAAUGGAUUGGUGAUAAACCAGACCAGGGAAAUAUAACCACACAUAACACAUCCUAUAACAUCACUGGACUAACUCCUGGUGUCAUAUACAAGUUUAACAUUAUAGCUGUUGCAGGAGAUAACUCGACAGGAUAUCCAGUUAUUGACUCAACCUGUAUAAAGCCAGAAGUGAUCAGGAAUCUCACAACAUCUGAUAUCACAACAUCAUCUGUGUCUCUGCAUUGGGAGGAGCCUAUGGGAUAUAGAUCUUUCUUUAAAGUUCAACGCAUAUCUAACGAAACAGACAGGAGUGCCACACCAGCCAUUAAUACAGACAUUCAUAAUACAACUUUAAUCAUCAAUAGUCUAAAUGCUGGAGAAACGUACAACGUUUGCAUCACUGCUGUUGCAACAGACAACUCGACAGAAGGCAUUGCCAUAUGCCAUCCAGUAACUACUAAAACUCUAAUUCCACUGAUUGUUGGCAUAUCCCUGGGAGUGUUGUGUUUUAUCAUCUUCAUUCUCAUUUUAUUCAUCUUUUUAAGGAGACGAUCAAAACACAGUGAAAAAUCUGGAGACAUCCCAAUACAUAAAAUUAGAAGUAGGACUGCUCUGAAAAUUGAAGCUUAUGAGGAGUAUUUUAAGAAGCAGCAUGCAGACUCCAACUGUGGUUUUGCUGAAGAGUAUGAGGAGUUGAAAAAUGUUGGAACUUCACAGUCCAAAGAAAUUGCACUUGCUGCUGAAAACAAGCCAAAGAACCGUUACAGUAAUGUGUUACCUUACGAUACUUCAAGAGUGAAAUUAUCAAUAUGUGGCAGCGCCUCUGAUGACUACAUCAAUGCAAACUACAUCCCAGGCUACAAUUCAAGAAAAGAGUUUAUAGCCGCCCAGGGUCCGUUACCCAUGACUGUGAAUGAUUUCUGGAGAAUGAUUUGGGAAAAGAACGUCUACACUGUAGUCAUGCUGACCAAAUGCAACGAGCAGGGACGAGUGAAGUGUGAGAAGUACUGGCCAUCUGGGACAGCUCAUUACCAUAACAUCUCUGUGACAAUCACUGCAGAAAUAACAAUGGAUAGCUGGACCAUACGAGACCUCAGCAUCAAAAAUGUGAAAACAGCGGAGACUCGCAAUGUACGGCAAUUCCACUUCACGGCGUGGCCAGAUCAUGGAGUUCCAAAAAGCACUGAACUCCUCAUUGACUUCAGACAUCUAGUGAGAGAGCACAUAGACCAAUACUCACGCCACUCACCAAACGUGGUGCAUUGCAGUGCUGGCGUGGGCAGAACAGGGACCUUCAUUGCCAUCGAUCGCCUGAUCUUCCAGAUUGAAAGAGAAAGCAUGGUGGACAUCUAUGGAAUUGUUAAUGAUAUGCGAAUGCACAGGGCUUUAAUGGUGCAGACUGAGAUCUUCAAAACCUUUCAACCUAACAACUUAUCAAUGCUUCUCUCUCUCAAUGCAGAUGUGAUCAUGAAUCUCAUCGCAUCUGAUAUCACAAUAUCAUCUGUGCUUCCGAAAUGGGAUGAACCUUUGGGAAACAGAGAUUUUUUUAAAGUUCAAUGGGUUGGUGACAAAGCUGGGGAAAAUGUAACCAAUAACACAUCCUAUAACAUCACUGGAGUAACUCCUGGUGCCGAAUACAUAUUUAACAUCACACCGGUUGCAGCAGAUUCCUUGACAGAAGGACCUCCAGCUUCUACGCUUGUCUCUCUCAAUGCAGAUGUGAUAAUGAAUCUUAUCGCAUCUGACAUCACAAUAUCAUCUGUGCUUCUGAAAUGGGAUGAACCUUUCGGAAACAGAUUUUUUUUUAAAGUUCAAUGGAUUGGUGACAAAGCUGGGGAAAAUGUAACCAAUAACACAUCCUAUAACAUCACUGGACUAACUCCUGGUGUCGAAUACAUAUUUAACAUCACACCGGUUGCAGCAGAUUCCUUGACAGAAGGACCUCCAGCUUUUAUCUCAAUUUAUACCAAACCUGAUGUCACAACAAACCUCAGCACUAAUAAUAUUACAACAUCAUCGGUCUUACUACACUGGACUAAACCAAAAGGGGAAAACUCCCAUUAUCGUGUAGAAUAUGAAAAUAACAGUAUGACUAUGAAUGAAACUACGAAGAACACCUUCAUCAAAAUAAAUCAUCUGAUUUCUGGAUUACAGUACUUAUUCAAAGUGUAUGCAGUUGCAGCUGAUAAUGUAACAGAGGGGAGUUGCAAUCAGAUUUUACUGUAUACCGAUGUGAUCAUGAAUCUCAUAGCAUCUGACAUCACAAUAUCAUCUGUGCUUCUGAAAUGGGAUGAACCUUUCGGAAACAGAUUUUUUUUUAAAGCUCAAUGGAUUGGUGACAAAGCUGGGGAAAAUGUAACCAAUAACACAUCCUAUAACAUCACUGGACUAACUCCUGGUGUCGAAUACAUAUUUAACAUCACACCGGUUGCAGCAGAUUCCUUGACAGAAGGACCUCCAGCUUUUAUCUCAAUUUAUACCAAACCUGAUGUCACAACAAACCUCAGCACUAAUAAUAUUACAACAUCAUCGGUCUUACUACACUGGACUAAACCAAAAGGGGAAAACUCCCAUUAUCGUGUAGAAUAUGAAAAUAACAUUAUGACUAUGAAUGAAACUACAAAGAACACCUUCAUCAAAAUAAAUCAUCUGAUUUCUGGAUUCCAGUACUUAUUCAAAGUGUAUGCAGUUGCAGCUGAUAAUGUAACAGAGGGGAGUUGCAAUCAGAUUUUACUGUAUACCGAGCCAGAUGUGAUCAGGAAUCUUGCAGUGACUGAGAUCACACCAUCAUCUGUGUUUCUGACAUGGAAUGAACCAGUGGGAAAAAGAAAUUUCUUUAAAGUUCAAUGGAUUGGUGAUAAAUUAUCUAGAAAUGCAACAACCAAUCUCACAUCCUACAACAUCAGUGAUCUGAAUGCUGGAGUCAGUUACAGGUUUUGUGUCACUGUUGUUGUUGAUAACUCAAGAGAAGGCCAAGCUGUCUGUAUCUCAAAAUAUAAACACUCCUUUGUUGACAAUAUUGGGAUGGCAGUUGGUAUAGGCCUGGGAGUGUUCUGUUUUAUCCUCACCAUCACUGUCAUCUAUUGGAGAAUAUAUAAAAAGAAAACAAAUUCAGACACCCACAUGCAUGCCAUGAGAAGCCUUCCUUUGACACAAAAGUUUUAUGAAGAGUAUUUCAAGAAGCAUGCAGACGUCUUACGAUUUGAGAAAGAGUAUGAGGUUUUGAAAGCUGUUGGAACUGCACAGUCAAGGAUUGCUGCCCUCAUUAUUGAAAAUAAAGCAAAGAACCGUUAUGUUAAUGUGUUACCUUAUGAUGCUUCAAGAGUGAAAUUAUCAAUAUGUUGCAGCCCCUUCGAUGAUUACAUCAAUGCCAACUACAUCCCAGGCUACAAUUUUAGAAAAGAGUUUAUAGCUGCCCAGGGACCAUUGCCUAAUACGGUAAAUGAAUUCUGGAGAAUGAUCUGGGAGCAGAACGUCUACACCUUAGUGAUGCUGACCAAAUGCAAUGAACAGGGACAAGUGAAAUGUGAGAAGUACUGGCCAUGUGGGACUGAUAAUUAUGAUAACAUCUCAGUUACAACCGUAGUUGAAACAAUACAGGAAAACUGGACCACCAGAGACUUUAGCAUCAAAAAUGUUAAAACAGCAGAGACUCGCAAUGUACGGCAAUUCCAGUUAACAACCUGGCCACAUCAUAGAGUCCCACAGAGCACUAAACUUCUCAUUGACUUCAGACACCUGGUAAGAGAGCACAUCGACCAACAGUCAAGCUACUCGCCAACUGUGGUGCAUUGCAGUGCUGGUGUGGGCAGAACAGGGACAUUCAUUGCCAUCGACUGCCUAAUCUUGAAGAUUGAAAAAGAAAGCAUGGUGGACGUCUAUGGAAUCGUUCAUGAUAUGCACUUGCACAGACCUUUCAUGGUGCAGAGUAAGGACCAAUAUGUGUACCUCCACCAAUGUGCUUAUGAUAUUAUCAGGUCAAGAGCUGGACCCUCUCAGGACAUCACAAUUUAUCAGAAUAUGUAACAGUAGGUUUUAAAUCUGCACUUGUCUCAUUUAAGUGUGUAAAUGUUUUUCUUUCACAAUACUAAAAAAUUAAAUGUCUUAUUAAGUUUAAUAUUAAAAAGUAAAUUUUAUCAUCUCCUUUUUUGGAAUACUAAAUUCAGAUAUUUUUCCUUUAUUCUCGUGUCUAACUAGAAAACACUUUAUUGUCAUGUAAUUAUAAAAAUGUGUCAAAGUAAUAAUUAUUUGUAAACCGCUUGUUAUAUGUAUGCACUUUUAUUUUAAACGUUAAUUACUGCUUAAUGCCAUUUUAUUAAAUUUAUAGGGCACACACCUGCAGGAUUUUAUCGGCAUGUUAUAAAGUAUUUUAAUUCUGUUUAUCUUGGAAAUCAAUGUAAAUGCUUAAAAAUAAUUGUCUUUGAAUUAACAAUAGUGUGAAAUUAAACAAAUCUUUACUCUGUAUUUUGCUUUACAGUACAUGUAAAUGGCUCCUAUUAAGUUUAUUACAUUUUUAACUUUAUUUGAUGUUGCUGUUUAAGCAUAAAAAAUCUGUCAAGUUACAAAACUUGAAAUCCACUCCGAAGGCAGAUACUGAAAAAUAAAAAAAGUAUUUAAAACCUAUUAUAGCAGCAGGUGUACAAAAACUUGUAAAAGAGCAUAAUAGGACCCAUUUAACAUUAUAAUGUGUAUCUGUAUGGAUAAUUAUAUUGCCUUUAGGAAAUCUCUCUCUCUCUUUAGUAAAAAUUAAACUAUAAUGUCUAGUCUACCAUAAAUAAACAUUUCAGAGUAAAAUACCCAUGAUUCCUUAUUGAUUACUAGGGAAGACUGGAUCAUUAUGAUGUUUUGGAUCAA